AUGAACAAAGCGAUCGUUAAAUUGCCAUUGGCUAUUGAAGAAGACGUUCACAAUGAGUUCAGAAUGCAUACGAAACUCAUGCUGACCGAACUAGGAAAGUUUCAAAGCAAACAGGAUAAAGAUGGAUCGAUUCGGCGAACACUUCAACCGAUCAGCAAAACAAUUUGCGCGUUUCUCAACACGGACGGCGGUCGCCUGUUUCUCGGAGUCAACGACGACAAAAUUAUCAAAGGCAUCACAAUGAGCAAAAAUAUGCUGUAUCACUUCUUUGGCUCGCUCCGUCACAUGUGCGAGAAAUUCAAACCUUUCAGUCCGAUUUCGCGAAUCAAAGUCUCCAUUCUCGAAGUAAUCCCGAUGGACGAUAAAACUAAAGUUAAACUGAAGAAAGUGGAUAUGGACAAAGAAGAAGUUACAGAUUUUCCCAAACUCGCAAAUCACAGUGUUGGAGGAUUCUUUUGCGAUUGCUUCAAGGAGAUCAAUCAAGCUGCCACGAAACAAUAUCUUUUCAUCGUGCAAGUAGCUGCUCCCGAUCCGAACGCUGCAACAGUUAUCUACCAAAAUGAAGAAGGAUUAGCAUACAGGUUUCGCGAUUCGUGUUUACUCUCAACGUAUCUGUUUUACAGACGUCGUCUCGCUUCGAAUAAAUGUGUAUACCUGGACGACCUCCGUCGUAUGAUGCACGAAAGAAACAGACUUUUCGUCGACCUCCAUGACGAAGUGCGUCAUGAAAUCGAUCGAUUCAUCAAAUUUCAUUGA